AUGGACUCUUCCAUAGAGGAGAAGCGCGCUACCCUGCUGACCUCACUCAAGGAGGGCACUGCAAAGGACCAGCUGCCUCCGGGCUUUUCCCUCUACGCACCCAACGAGAGUGCAAUUUUGACCGACGAAGCCCCGGCCCGCGCGCGGGUUCGGGAUGACCUGCGGAACGAAUGGCUGGAUAUGCCGCAGAAUUUCGCCGAUGGCGCACUUCCCUGCUAUUCGCCAGGCGAGGUCCUCGAGGCCACGACCCUCCUGGCAUGGAAGAUCUAUGAGGCGCGGCGCCGCGCGGGCUUGCCAACAACCCUCGAGCAGCAGCAGGAGGAGGCAGACUGCGAAUGGGAUUGCAAAAUGUCGUGUGCGAUUCGUGUUGCAGACGCGCAGCAAGACCGGCAGUUCGCUCCGCCGCUGGUCUAUUUUCACAAACUGACCGGGUUCGAGACUGCCGCGGCUAGCGAAGUAGUUGCCUUGACGGAUUGCCGAGCCAAGGUGAUCAAAUUGGCGGCAAAGAGGUUCUCUGACGAGACACCGGAUGCGGUGGACCUGCUGGAGAUUGAGUUUUCGCGAAGUUGGCGCGUUAUCCCCGAGCGGCAUGCGGUUGCGGACGAGAAAGAUGCCGGAACUGAUGGGGCCGCGGUGGCAGCAGUUUUCCUGCAUGUGCCAACAGCUCUCUCGACGGAGAGCCCGCAAGAAGUCGCAGAUGUGCUCGCAGCAUGGGUCGGACUCCUGAAGAAAGCGACCGGUGAGGAGUUAGCAGAAAUCGAAGUAUUGAAGUGGACCGCCAACCCGGCCGUCGCUGUUUCGAGCACUACACCGACCACCUCCGACGGCCAUUUGGCCGCGACGGCUGAAGACCGAUUUGCACACCGACCAUGUGACGCCACUAGAAAGUUAGUGCCGAGAUUUUUCUGCGAAGCAACGGGUUGCAUGGUGAAAAGACCGGAGACUGUCCUCGAGUGUGUCCGCCGCCACAUCGCGGCCAUCGCGAGCUUCGACGUUCUCUUCCCGGGGGAGGAGACACCUGAUCAGGCUUUGCUGGAGAGGAAUCUGGAGCGGUUCGACAUCUCUGUCAAAAAGGCGAAGGGCGCGCGGUUGCGCUACGAGUUCCACCAGAUGGAGCAGAAACGGCGGGCGAGGGAGGCGGUGUGCGGGAAUGGUAGUCAACAUGGAGUAGAUCAGGAC